AUGUCGCUGAGUGAUUUCUGUCGCUUCGCCGCGGGCGCGACGUCGCGCGCGCGGUCGAUGCGCGCGCUCAAGAGCGCUGGGGACGGCGCGCGCGCGUCCGGAACGUACGACGUCGUGUUGGAGUUCGACCGCGACGCCGACGCGGAGGCGUUCGUGGAGAAUUACCACGGACGACGAUUGCGGGCGUCGAGCGCGGAGACGUGCGCGGCGGUGCGGGUGGAGAGCGUGGCGUACGACGACGGCGACGGCGAUGCGGCGAGGGAGGCGGCGCGGACGCGCACGGAGGUACCGACGUGCCCGGUGUGUCUGGAUCGGUUGGACGCGGACGCGAGCGGGAUCGCGACGACGAUUUGUGAUCACACGUUUCACGCGGCGUGUCUGGAGCGGUGGGCGGACGCGUCGUGUCCGGUGUGUCGACACGUCGCGGGGGAGGCGGAGGAGCGGGCGACGUGCGCGACGUGUGGGACGGAUGGUGAUUUGUGGGUGUGCUUGAUUUGCGGCGAGGUGGGAUGCGGGAGAUACGCGGGGGCGUGCGCGGUGAAUCAUUGGAAGGAGACGAAUCACACGUACUCGCUCGAGCUCGGGACGCAGCGCGUGUGGGAUUACGUCUCGGACGGAUUCGUCCAUCGGUUAAUUCAGAGUAAAUCGGGACUCGUCGAGCUCACGCCGCCGGAGCGACGACGGGCGUCGACGUCGAGGGGUGGGGGCGGGUACGACGAGACGUCGAGCUGUUCGCCGAACAGAGCGCCAGAUGUGAGCGACCUGGACGCCGAGCUCGAGGAGGCGCUCGUGGCGUCCAAACUCGACGCCAUCGCGAGUGAGUACGAUUUGCUCUUGACGUCUCAGCUCGAGUCGCAGCGCAAGUACUUUGAAAAUCUCCUCGAGGCGGCGACCGCGCGCGUGGAGGGGACGAUCACGCGAGAGGAUGAGGAAAAUCGAAACGCCGCGACGCUCGCGCGCGCCGUGGACGAGGCAAAGAACGCCAAGCGCGAACUCAGCGCGGCGCAAAAGGCGAACGCGAGGCAUGUGAAGACGAUCGAGGGGCUCCGAUCGGAGAUUAAACACCUCCAGACGCUGUGCGACACGCUCGGUGAAAAUGUCGAGGCUUUCAAGGCGCAGGGCGAACGCGCGGAAAAGCGUAAGACGGUGGAGAUCCGUCUCAAGGAUGCGCGCAUCAAGGAGCUCGAGGAUGAAAAUCGAGACUUGAUGCUCUUCCUGGAUACGUCUCGCAAACUUCACGUCGGGGGCGAGGUGGAUGAGAUCGCCGGCGGUACCAUCGUAGGCGUCGAUCCAGACGCCCCCGCGAAAUCGUCCACUCCCGCUCGAAAUCCGACGCACGAGCGCUUGAGGAGCAAACUCGAGGACCGCAAGCGUUGA